UCGUUCGUUCAUUCGGUCGCCGCGCCAACUCGCGCCCCCAUCGGGCCGCUGCCAAUGGGUUUCAGCAUGAUGCCGUCGUCGAAGAAACGACUGGGUUCGAUCAGUCUGUUCUUGAGGCAGGGCGACGGGAGCACCGCAGGUGGUGGAAGUGGAAGUGGAAGUGGGAGUGGAGGAAGAAGCUCAAGUUCACAACACCAAAGCGGGAGCACGAGCAGUGCCCGGGCCGGAAUUGUGGGGCUGCCUAUCCCAGCAACGGGCUCUGUUUUGUCCGGGGGCUCGGUAGCCAACGGGAGCCAUCCCUCGCAGCUGCCCCAGCUGCAGCCCCCACACGAAAUCAUCGCGGCACGGCAGGAACGAAAGCGCGACUCCACGAUUGGUGCAGCAGCGGCAGCACAACAGCAACAACAUCAACAAACCCCCGCCACUGUGGGAACCUCUUCCCCAACGGUCACGACCGCUGCAACGGCCAGCACGAGGUCGAUUCCGGUGCCCAAAUCCGGCCGCCAUUCGUCUGCAUCCCAGUCCAGCGCGACCAUGAGCCCCCCAAUACAGCAGCAGGGGCAGCAGCAUCUGCACCCGCUGCACCGGACCCGGACGUCUGCGUCCGACACACAGCGAGAUCGGGGCCACAACGCGUGGGAGGACUCGACCGUGGCCUCCAUGUUUGGCGACAACGAGAGCAGGUCCGCUUCCGACCGUCUACGUGGGACACAUGCCCACGCCCGCCACUACAGCGACGCUCCACCCCCACAGAGAGCUCUCCCUGCCCCGCCCUCCCGCAGCAUCCAACCGAAACAUGACGAGAAUCUGCCGUUCGUCAUUGGUGAGAACGGCAUUCUCAAAGUUGUGCCCCCCCUCAGCACCCACACAGCCUCCGAGAAACACACCCAAAUCACAAACAACAACAACAACACGGCUGCUGCUACGAAUGCCCACCCCGUCAACGCCGCACAGGGCGGCAUCUUCGACGACCAGAGCAUCAAGCAGGAUGACAUCUUCCAUCACGAGGCUAGCCAGGUCCUGGAAACACCCACGAAGGCCAGCGGGCUAAGACGCACUAAGUUGCCGUACCGAGACACAACCCGGGAUAACCGUGAGAUCAAGAGCAACGCAUCAUCAGAACAGAAUGGUGGGUUAGGAUACUCACCAAGCACACACAGCGUGAGCUUGUCUCCAGAGAGGCAGCCUUCAGAGCCGGGCGGACAUAUCGACAAGAUCAGAUUGCAGGAGCGCAUGGCCCGGGAGCGAGAACGACAACGAGAACGCGAGCGGGAAAAGGAAAAGGAGAGGGAACGGGAGAGGCAACGGCAACGGGAGACGGAGCAUGAGAUUGAACACAAGCGGUCAACUCUAUUUAGGGACCUGACACCGCUGCUAUUCGACGACCCGGAGUUUAACGAGACGAAAGCGGCCGUCAUCUCACCUAGCACGAUCGACCCGGCGGCACUACAAGAGGCGCAAGACCGCACACCACGCGCUAAGCGCAACCUGUUACAACCAGAGCCGCUCUUUAUGCAGCAGGCUAACAACAACAACAACCACAAAAACCACCAUAUUAAUCAUAAUAACCCCAGCAGUAAUAACCUGCUCAACGACGCGGCCCCUCCUCUUGGCCGCACCAACAGCAAGCGUCGACAAAAGUCGCCCCCCAAAGAACUUGCCCCAGCCCUUGGGCUCGGCCUGACGAAUACUACCACCACGACCACUACCACCAGUACUACCACGCCUCCCAUGACCAACUCUCGAAAGCGCCGCCAGAGCCUCGAUUACAACGACGCCGAGCUGCACGCCAUGAGCUACGCUGACCUGCGCGCGCAAGCCUUCGAUUUUGACCCACAAACCGCCGCGCUCCAGCAACCCACCGCACCCCCCACCGGCGGCACCAUCGAGGAUCGCCUCGAGCACUAUCGCCGCAAGGGCUCCAUGGACCAGCACGAGUUCUUUGCGCAGCGGGUGUCGCUCGAUGAGUGGGAGGAAGCUGGCGACUGGUUCUUGUCGCAGUUUGGAGAUAUCAUGCAGCGGCUGCGCAAGGCAAGACGGGCGAAGCGUAGGCUGGUACAACAGUUUGAGGACGAGGUGGCCGCGCGUGAGGAGGCCGUCCGGGGCAAGAUGGAGGGGAUUGCGCGGACGCUAGAGGAGUUGAGGGAGGAUGGCCGGCUGAUGAUGGAGGGGAAAGAGGUGGAUGUUGAGUUUUAA